ACUGUGUGUCCGUUUGUGCUUGUGUUACUUCCGUUUACAUUAUCUGCCUUUUGCUUCAUUGUGAGAAAUUAACUAUGGCCUUGUUGUUGGUGCCAUAUGGGAUGAUUUGAGCAUUUUAGACCCUGCCUGUUCCCCUGUUGUUUUCACAUACAACAGUCUCUAAAGUUAACACAGACAAAAAUUCUCAGUGAGUAACAGUUCUUUUAGGAAAACGCAUUGCUGAUCAGAGAGCUUAGGGGAAAUAGCAAGAUUGAAACAAUCUGUCAGGAAGAUGCAGUAACACAUAUAACCACUCUUUAUAAUCAAUGAUCAACUAAAAAGACAUUAGAUUACUUACAAAUCAUUAUAUCUUGAGGGGGAUGGGCUACAACAACAGAAGAUUGCACCAGGGUUCACUACUGUAGCCAGGAUCAACAGUCAAAGGCCAUCAUUGGCACAGACUUAUCCAAACUGGAUAGUUAAAGAUUAAAAGGAAAUCUUUUUCUAGUUUUAAAAUGUUGCUAGGUUUAUGACCUAAGCAUUGAUAAUAACACAUAUCUUGUCUAAAACUCCGCCUAUAAGGAAUGGUAGAGUCUGGAAUGACUGCAUUCCAUCGUAAGCAGCUUGCAGUGCUCUGCUCUGGAACUCAUUCUGACUGGAAUGAGAAAAACAAUAGAAAAACAAAAUGACUUCUCCAUCUUUGGAAGAGGAAUUGUUCUGUCCCGUUUGCUAUGAAAUCUUUAAGGAUCCAGUUCUCCUGCUCUGCAGUCACACUGUGUGCAACGUCUGUGUGCAGCAGUUCUGGGAGACCAAAGGAUCCCGAGAAUGUCCUGUUUGUAGGGGUAUGUCGCCUGUGGACCCACUCCCAAACCUGGUCUUAAAGAACGUGUGUGAGACUUUCUUACAGGAGAGAAGUCAGAAAACUUCAUCUGCAUCUGAAAGAGUCUGCAGUCUGCACAGUAGAAAACUCACACUCUUCUGUGUGGAUGAUCAACAGCCUGUGUGUUUAGUGUGUCAGGAUUCAAGAAAACACAUAAACCACAAAUUUAAGCCUAUUGAUGAAGCUGUAACAGAUAACAAGGAGCAGCUCAAAAUUACACUGAAGUCCCUACAGGAGAAACUGAAAAUCCUUAAAAAAUGUAAACUGAACUGGAGUCAGAUUGUAGAACAUAUAAAGAUUCAGGCCCAACACACAGAACAAAAUAUUAAGGAGGAGUUUAAGGAGCUUUACCAGUUUUUAUUAGAUGAAGAAGCAGCCAGGAUCAAGGCACUGAGAGAGGAAGAGGAGCAGAAGAGUCAGAAGAUGAAGAAGAAGAUUGAGAAGCUGAGCAGCGAUAUAGAAUCUCUUUUAGACACAAUCAGAGACAUAGAAGAGGAGAUGAAAGCUGAAGACGUCUCGUUCUUACAAAACUACAACACGACAGUUAAAAGAGCCCAGUGUACACUGCAGCAUCCAGAGGAGCUUUCAGGAGCACUGAUCCAUGUGGCAAAACAUCUGGCCAACCUGAGGUUCAGAGUCUGGGAGAAGAUGCAGCACACUGUUCAAUACACACCUGUAACUCUGGACCCCAACACUGCUGAUCCUAGACUCAUAGUAUCUGCUGAUCUGACCAGUGUAAAACGCAGUGUUGAGAAACAGAAUCUUCCGGAUAAUCCAGAGAGAUUUGAUUGCUAUGGAUCUAUCCUGGGCUCUGAGGGCUUUAACUCAGGGACACAUUUUUGGGAUGUUGAAGUUGGAGACUCUGCACAGUGGGCACUGGGUGUAAUGACAGAGUCUGCUCAGAGGAAAGGAGAUAUAUUCAUCAGAAGUGGAAUCUGGUAUAUGUGGUAUAGGAACGGUAAACAUGCAGUGUGUUCUACACCAGAUUCAGUCACUCGGAUCCUAACAGUGUAUGAACUCCAGCGGAUCAGAGUGCAGCUAGACUGGGACAGCGGAAAGCUGUCAUUCUCCAACCCUCUUACUAACACAAACUUACACACUUUCACACACACAUUUACUGAGAAAUUACUGCCAUUUUUAACGGACACUUAUAAAUCGACUUCUCUAAAGAUCCUCCCACGUCAGUGCUCUGUCAGAGUGAAUUGGUUAGAGCUGGUUCAGAAAUAAAAUAUUCAGUUUUAAUAAUCUGUUACUCAUGAAUGUCUUUAAUUACAGGUUUUUUAUUUUUACAUCUUAGUUUAUUCUGUUGUAUCAACAGUUAUAUUUUGCUCUUGCCAAAUUAAUCUAAAUUAUUAUACGUUUGACCUCAGAGCACACAGUUAUAGAAGGGAUGUCUAGUUGUGAUAUCCGGUGUCACCCAAUUGAGGAUGGGUUCUCUUCUGAGACUGUUUUCUUUUAAGGUUUUUUCCUGAUGCCAAAUCAAAGUGUUUUUCCUUGCCAUAGUCACCUCUGGCUUGCUUAC